AUGGCCUGUCCAUGGAAGUUUCUGUUCAAGGCCAAGUCCAACCAAUAUGAUUUGUCUGGUGGAGCAGAUAUCAACAAUAAUAUGGGGAAAUCCUUCCAGACUCUCUCCAGUCCAGUGACACAGGAUGACCCCAAGUGUCACAGCUCCAGCAAGCAUGACGAUGAGCCUCCCCGCCCCCUCACACAGAUUGCAAAGAAGUCUCCAGAACCCCUGGACAAACCAAAGAUGCCCCCAUCAUCCUGCCAACACCAUGUGAAGAUCAAAAAUUGGGGCAAUGGGACCAGUUUCCAAGAUACACUUUACCACAAAGCCAAAGGGGAUCUCGCUUGCAAGUCUAAGACUUGCUUGGGAGCCAUCAUGAACCCCCAAAGCUUGGUCAACAGACCCAGGGACAAGCCUACCUCCCCAGACGAACUUCUACCUCAAGCUAUUGAAUUUGUCAACCAGUAUUACGGCUCCUUCAAAGAGGCAAAAAUAGAGGAACAUCUGGCCAGGGUGGAAGCGGUAACAAAGGAGAUAGAAACAACAGGAACCUACCAGCUGACGGGAGAUGAGCUCAUCUACGCCACCAAGCAGGCCUGGCGUAACGCCCCCCGCUGCAUCGGCAGGAUCCAGUGGUCCAACUUACAGGUCUUCGAUGCCCGGAACUGUUCCACUGCCAAGGAAAUGUUCGAGCACAUCUGUCGACACAUGCGAUAUUCCACCAACAAUGGCAACAUCAGGUCGGCCAUCACGGUGUUCCCCCAGCGGAGUGAUGGGAAGCAUGACUUCCGGGUCUGGAAUGCUCAACUCAUCCGGUACGCUGGCUACCACAUGCCCGAUGGCACCAUCAGAGGGGACCCUGCCAGCUUGGAGUUCACCCAGCUGUGCAUUGACCUCGGCUGGAAGCCCAAAUACGGGCGCUUCGAUGUGGUGCCACUGGUCCUGCAGGCCAAUGGCCAAGACCCUGAGCUCUUCGAAAUCCCACCUGACCUGGUGCUUGAGGUGGCCAUGGAGCACCCUAAGUACGAGUGGUUCCAGGAGCUGGAGCUGAAGUGGUAUGCCCUGCCUGCAGUGGCCAACAUGCUGCUGGAAGUGGGUGGCCUUGAGUUCCCGGCGUGCCCCUUCAAUGGCUGGUACAUGGGCACAGAGAUCGGGGUCCGGGACUUCUGUGAUGUUCAGCGCUACAAUAUCCUGGAGGAAGUGGGCAGGAGGAUGGGCCUGGAAACACACAAGUUGGCCUCACUCUGGAAAGACAGGGCCGUCAUCGAGAUCAACGUUGCCGUGCUGCACAGUUUCCAGAAACAAAACGUGACCAUCAUGGACCAUCACUCAGCUGCAGAGUCCUUCAUGAAGUACAUGCAGAACGAGUAUCGGACCCGAGGAGGCUGUCCGGCUGACUGGGUGUGGCUGGUCCCCCCGAUCUCUGGGAGCAUCACCCCUGUGUUCCACCAGGAAAUGAUUAACUACGUCCUGUCCCCUUUCUAUUACUACCAGGUGGAUGCCUGGAAAACCCAUGUGUGGAAGGACGAGAAACGGAGACCCCAGAAAAGAGAGAUUCAGCUCAAAGUCUUGGUUAAAGCCGUGCUCUUUGCCUCAAUCCUGAUGCGCAAGUCCAUGGCAUCCAGAGCCAGAGCCACAAUCCUCUUUGCAACAGAGACGGGGAAGUCAGAGACGCUGGCGAGGGACCUGGGGGCUUUGUUCAGCUGCGCCUUCAACCCCAAGGUUCUCUGCAUGGACGAGUACCAACUGGACAGCCUGGAGAAGGAGCAGCUGUUGCUGGUGGUGACAAGCACGUUUGGAAACGGAGACUCCCCUGGCAACGGAGAGAAACUGAAGAAAUCCCUCUUCAUGUUGAAAAAGCUCACCAACAAAUUCAGGUAUGCUGUGUUUGGCCUCGGCUCCAGCAUGUACCCUCAGUUCUGCGCCUUUGCUCAUGACAUCGACCAGAAGUUGUCUCAGCUGGGAGCCUCUCCGCUCACCUUGAUUGGGGAAGGGGAUGAGCUCAGCGGGCAGGAGGAGUCCUUCCGCAGCUGGGCAGUGCAAACCUUCAAGGCAGCCUGUGAGACAUUUGAUGUCCGAGGCAAAAACCACAUUCAGAUCCCCAAGCACUACAUCUGCAACGAGAACUGGGACCCGCACCAGUACAGGCUGAUGCGGGACUCGCAGCCCUUGGACCUCAGCAAAGCCCUCAGCAAUAUGCACGCCAAGAACGUCUUCACCAUGAAACUCAAGUCGAAAAAGAAUCUGCAGAGUCCAAAAUCCAGCCGCACCAUCCUUCUGGUAGAGCUCUCCUGUGAGAGCAGCCAAGGUCUGAGCUACCUGCCUGGAGAGCACCUUGGCGUUUUCCCAGGCAACCAGCCAGCACUGGUCCAGGGCAUCUUGGAACGAGUGGUGGACGGCCCUGCCCCCCACCAACCCGUGCGCCUGGAGACCCUCGACGAGAGCGGCAGCUACUGGGUCAAGGACAAGCGACUGCCCCCCUGCUCACUCAGCCAGGCCCUCACCUACUUGCUGGACAUCACCACCCCGCCGAGCCAGCUGCUGCUCCGAAAGCUGUCACAGCUGGCCACGGAAGAGGCCGAGAGGCAGAAGCUGGAGGAGCUGUGCCAGCCCUCAGAGUACAACAAGUGGAAGUUCACCAACAGCCCCACCUUCCUGGAGGUGCUGGAGGAGUUUCCAUCCUUGAAGAUGACUGCUGGCUUCCUGCUCUCCCAGCUCCCUCUUCUGAAACCCCGAUACUACUCUAUCAGCUCCUCCAGGGACUGUACCCCCACAGAGAUCCACCUCACUGUGGCCGUACUCACAUACCACACCCAAGAUGGCCAGGGUCCCCUGCACCACGGCGUCUGCAGCACAUGGCUCAACAACCUGAAGCCCCAAGACCCAGUGCCCUGCUUUGUACGAAGUGGCAGCGGGUUCCAGCUGCCUGAGGAUCCCUCCCGACCUUGCAUCCUCAUUGGGCCUGGCACUGGGAUCGCCCCUUUCCGCAGCUUCUGGCAGCAGCGGCUCUAUGAAGCUGAACACAAAGGGCUCCGGGGAGGCCGCAUGACCCUGGUGUUCGGGUGCCGGCGCCCAGAUGAGGACCACCUCUAUCGGGAGGAGACGCUGGAGAUGAAACAGAAGGGGGUGCUGUAUGAGGUCCACACAGCCUAUUCUCGCCUGCCUGGUCAGCCCAAGGUUUAUGUUCAAGACAUCCUGCGACAGAAGUUGGCUGACGAGGUGCUCCGCGUGGUCCAUGAGGAUCAAGGCCACAUCUACGUCUGUGGGGACGUGCGCAUGGCCCGGGAUGUGGCCCGCGCCUUGAGGCAGCUGGUGGCUGCCAAGCUGAGUCUAAAUGAGGAGCAGGUGGAGGACUAUUUCUUCCAGCUUAAGAGCCAGAAGCGCUAUCACGAAGACAUUUUUGGUGCUCUAUUUCCCUAUGAGAAGAAGAAGGAAGAGGCAGCGGAGCAGCCCAGUGACAACAGAUCUCCAGCAGCCCACAUAAGAGGUUGA